GUUCUUUAUGUUGGGGAUCACAUCUAUGGGGAUAUUUUACGCAGCAAAAAAGUUCUGGGUUGGAGGACAAUGCUUGUUGUUCCGGAGCUUGAGAGGGAGGUUGAACUUCUCUGGGAAUUAAGGGAUACACGCAAGCAACUUCGAUUGUGGAGGAAUGAGCGCGAUCUCAUUGAAGACAAAAUAGAUCAUUUGAAGUGGUCUCUCAAGAUUGAUUGGAUGUCUGAAAGGGAACAAGUCCGGCUCCGUCAUCAACUGGAUCAAAGAACAUGUCACCAAAAGUUCCACAAGGUUUGGGGACAACUAAUGAAAACUGGCUAUCAGAAUUCUCGCUUUGCACAUCAGGUGGAGAGAUUUGCUUGCCUGUAUACUAGCCAAGUGACUAAUUUGAGCCUAUAUUCCCCCAGCAAGUAUUAUAGACCCAGCGAAGAUUUCAUGCCCCAUGAGUUUGACAUCCUUGGCGUGUGA